CCAGGAAGUUUCUGAGAGAUGUGUGAUGCCAGACAUGAAGCUUCUGAGUGAGGUCAAGAGGAUUCAUCAUAUCUAUGAGAGUCGAGAGGUCCCAGCUGUGUGCUUCUCCCAGCUACAGAGGGAGGUAUAUCAUCUGCCUCCACUGGAAUCAGCCCUGGAGAAGAUUCAACAGAAAUUCCGAGCAGAGGUGACCCUGGAUCCACAUACCGCAGAUCCUCAUCUGUGUGUGUCCAAGGACAAGCGAUCUGUGACACUGAGGAAGAGAAGGAGUAAAGUUCUCCAGAGAGAGCAGAGGAUUCCCUUUGAUCUGGAAGUCCUGGGCUCCCAAGAAUUCCAUGCUGGCCGCCAUUACUGGGAGGUGCAGGUGAAUGACAAGCCCAGCUGGGCCAUAGGGCUGUGUAGCCACUCCCCCUCCAGCAGGGGGCAGCAGCAGCCAAGGCGCUGGACCAUUCACCUGCAAGAUGGAGACUAUGUGGCAGGAGGUGCCUGUCCUGUUGUUCUGACUUUGAAGAGAAAGCCCAGAGGCAUUGGAGUUUACCUGGACUGGGAGCUGGGGCAGAUUUCCUUCUACAACUUGAGUGACAACUCCCACCUCCAUUCUUUCCAGGAGACAUUUUCCCACUCACUGAAGCCUUAUUUCUGUGUGGGACCAGAUUCCAUUCCUCUCUCCCUCUGUGGACUAGCUGAUCUUUAGAAUGCUGUACAAUCGGUUUGGAUUCUUGUUCUGAAUUGUUUAAAUGUCUCAUCUAGAAAAACUGCCUGUAUGAAAACUUACAAUUCUGUACAGGAAAAUUGCUCAUGCUGAAACCUACAUUAAAUCACAUCAUGCUUUGUGCUAAUAAAAGUUAAAAUUUAUGUGUUAUGGAUGUACAAACUAUUGCAUUU